UUCUUUCUAUUCGAAAUCUGUUAUACACGCACUAGCACAUUCAAUGCAGAACUGUGAACACGUGGAUGACGGGUUUUACGACGGUUAAUGACCACACGUAUCUCAAGGCAGUCGGUCAUAGGCGAUAUAAUUGAUGUCAUUGUUAUUCCUGCACGGCUGUUCGCUGGCCAUAACGCCUGCGCCAAGACGUAUAGCUAGAAUAAGACUCACGUAAGCCAGCGAGAGAGGGUGUGAUUUAAAGCGCACUUCAACAGCCUUUUGCCAAGCGUGCAUUCUUUAAUUUCGAAUGCACGUUCCUUCGCUCGUGAAUGGGUCUGUGAAGCAGCGAUGCUCCUUGCCGUGAGCCCACCAGCGGCGUGCAGCUCGUGCCUGAACGCGGUCAACGAGUGGCUCUUCAUCUCCAACGCUCACUCGGCCUGCUGCCCCGACCUCCUCGACGCAGCGGGCAUCACCCUCCUCAUCAACGUGUCACGGCUUCAACCCUUCCCACCGGGGCCGGCUCCGGGGCAAGGUCAGGGGCAGAGGGUCUGCAUCCGCGUGCCCGUGUUCGAUGAACCCAGCGAGUCACUGGGGCCGCACCUGACCCCGUGUGCGGAUGCCAUAGAAGAGGAGAGGGUCCGUGGAGGACGGACCUUGGUCUACUGCAAGCACGGCCGCAGCCGCUCGGUGGCGGUGGUCACGGCAUAUCUCAUGCGGCACGGGGACCUCUCGCUGCGGGCCGCCUUUCAGAAGGUGAAAUCGGUGAGACCAGCCGCAAGUCCCAAUGAAGGCUUCUGGAGACAACUGCUGCAAUACGAGGCUCAGCUGAUGUGUGGAACAGAGCCAGUGGCCGUGGGGAGCACUUCUGGAGGAGCGAGGGGCACCCUGGCCUCCCUGUGAUCAACUUAGCAGAGCAUGAAAUAGCAAUGGGGUGGGGGCAAGUGGCGAGCAGUCAUAAAUGUCGGGCAUUUGAAUAGUUUAUGAUGUUUUUGUUCUGUAUGACUGAGAGAAUGGGAUCCAAUGGAGCAAGGCAACCCGACCCAAGGUUUGUACCCACAAUCCCAGUGGUUCCUGACUCGGUGUACCCGACACCUAACAGACGGAGAGACACCAAGCUCAGGAAUUGAACCCCAGUUCCUCGGUGGUGCCAUUAUGAACCACCUCAGAGACACAUAGAACCAUAGAUUUAAGUAUAUAUUGGUGUCUCUAAAGCUAACAGGACCCUGCGGGGUGGGCUGGUAGGAAUAAUACUUAGUACCGGUACAGAGAUAUCGACCGGGUAUAGAGGAGUUAAAGAAAAAAAUUACUGUAUUCUAGUGUAACGUUAAUUAAAAGUGUUUGUUUUGACAAGAAACGCUGUGAGAUUUAAAGACUCGUAGUCUUUCAUUUCCAACACCACCCUCAACACCACCCCUCCCACGGACGGACGGACGGACGGACGGACGGACGGACACAUUAAUCUAUUGGUGGUCUGGUCCACUUCGUUCCUACCAGUAUAAGAACAUCCUUAGAAAGAGGAACACGCAGGUGCAGGAAUUAAACCCAGGAUCUUAGAAAUGUAGUUUCUCGCUAUGUGUUGCUGACAAGGCCACCUCACAGUCCAUUGGGUUUCAGAGUUUUACAAAUCUACAUAACCCACAAACUCUUGCCCCCCCCCCCCCCCCCCCCCACCAAAGCACUGUAUUACAGAUGUGUAAUUCCACACCUAACUAUAAUAAAAACAGGCUGGAUGAAUAAUGCCGAUGUCAGCCCUAGUCUAGCGUAUGUCUGAUGCAACUCUAUGAGUACCUAUUCUGUGGCCUUGCAAGCGUUGCAACAUUCACACCACCACGAUCACCAUGCCCUAUACCCGUCCCGUUUUACCAUCAUCCAAAAUAGUUCGGCUUUUGGUGAGAGCGGUGCACCACUAGGGCCCUGUUGGGAAUCCAGCCCCGUGACGUCUCAAGUUGCAUUUCAGAGCAGGGCUGGCAUAACGCAUUGCAGAUACAGGGCGUUUCAGGUCGACGCUCCAUACACACAUACGCGAUGCACAUGUGUGUGUGUAUAUGAAUGUGCAAUAACAGUGUGUGUGUAUAUAUAACAGCGGUUCGCAUACUGUGCUACAAUUGCGACAACCUGGGUUUGAUGCACAACAUGAGGAGCAAGCGGUGUCCGGAUUUGUCUUGGACUGUGGCAGCACUCGGGAGACAUCGGUGGCUAGGCAUACAUUUGUCCAAGCUACAUUAUUUCUGACUCCUUGUCUGCCAAGACUUAGUAGGUGCUGCUCAUAGCACUUGACACGUAUGAUAUUGCCAAAAAACUCAUUAAUAGAAAUGACUAAACAUCACAAUGCAACAUCCUCUGAAAAAAACAUCCUAACGACCCAGUGAGGUUUUUUUGGGUAAAUAAUUGGCACUUAUUAUUGUUACUUGAUACCACCAUUUAUUCGACUUAAUGGGAGAUCUUUGUAUGUAUAUGUAAGCGGUUUUUUGUUUUCAUGUGUAAUUUUUUCCGAGUGCAUGAAAGCAUAUUUGUUGGGCUGUGCAACGCUUUCAAAAGCACUAGAGCCACCCGAAGUACAGACGUCAUAUUUUAGAUAUUGUUGCAGCCACAUUGUGGAAUUGUUCAUCAUUAUCUUCACACAUGCCGCGGAGGCUUAUUUCUCAUUUAAUUUCAUGGCGUUUUGUGCGACGCACACGCGCCACACCAAAACACGCCACGUUCAAACGCAGUGAAUUCGUUGUUCUUCUUUGACGCCCGAUAACACACUCAAUUAUUGCCACGUACACAUGCCGUCAUCGGUUUUAAAGUACUGUAGCUAAAUGGCCAAUGUUUUCAUUGG